GCAAACUGCGCUGAUGUCGAUGUGCCUGGCCUCCGCAGCCCUGGCACAGGUGUACCAAGACUGCACGGUGGAUGAGACAGCCGGCAUUGCACAGUGCGAGUCCCCUGGGGAAGGGUUCCUGUUCGAUCAGAACAAGGCAGCCAGAUGCCCCGCUCGGGGCGCCGAAGGCAUCUGGAAUUUCACUGGUUGGAGCUGCGAUGAUUGGAAGUGUCACAUGUACUGCAGCAAUCCAUCUCGCCCAGCUGAACGCAAGUCUUGUACGAAUUGCCCUGAAGUAGAG